AUGGAAGAGAGCAAAGGGAAGAGAAUACUCAUGUUCCCUGUACCGUUUACGGGACACUUCAACCCAAUGAUCCAACUCGCCGGAAUAUUUCACCAACGUGGCUUCUCAGUCACAAUCCUCCACACUUCCUUUAACGCUCCCGAUCCUUCUCGGCACCCACAUUUCACUUUCCGAACCAUCCGUCCCAACAACGAAGGAGAAGAAGAAGAUCCUCUGUCUAAGUCAGAAACUUCGAGGAUGGAUCUUGACAUCUUGAACACGGUGGAUGCGGCGGAAGAGGUGGGAGUACGUAGAUUGGUGUUGAGGACAAGUGGUGCAGCGUCGUUUGUUGCUUAUGCCGCUUACCCUCUCCUUAGAGAUAAGGGUUACUUCUCUAUACAAGAUUCUAGAUCAGAUGAUCCAGUGAUAGAGCUUCCACCUUUAAAAGCGAAGGAUCUUCCGGUCAUAGAAACGAACGACCCGGAGGAACUAUACCGAAUAUUUACCGACAUGGUGGAAGGAACCAAGUCUUCCUCAGGAGUCAUAUGGAACACAUUCGAAGAUCUUGAAGGACCUCAGCUCAAGGAACUGAUGAGCAGCAACUUCCAAGCUCCCUUCUUUCCGAUCGGACCAAUUCACAAACAUUGCGACGAUCGUCCGUCGAUCAAAAAGAACAAAGAAGACGAUGCAAUAACCCAUUGGCUGGACAAGCAAGAUCCAAACUCAGUGGUCUAUGCGAGUUUUGGAAGCCUUGCAGGUAUGGAAGAGAAGGAGUUUCUCGAGAUUGCUUGGGGUCUAAGAAACAGCGAACAGCCGUUCUUGUGGGUGGUUAGGCAGGGGUCGGUCCAAGGGACCGAUUGGCUCGAGGCAUGA